CGUGUAUGGAAAGGCGACCGCGUCUCGAGGGCGGGCUCGGCCACGCCGCGAGCUCGCUGCUUCGGAGCUGCUCGAGUGCGCCGGACGAACUCGCGCAGACCGCGCGCCUCGUGGGCCGGUCGUGGAACUUUCGAGCCAAGCAGCGGCGCAAGUACAGCAUCCCGGGCGGCGACGACGAUGCCGCCAUAGCGUGCAAGCCCGGGACCAAGGCGAUGAAUGGAGGUCGGCGCUUUGACAUCACAAACGAAGACAAUGCGCAGUCGUUCGACGAGCUCUUCCAGCGCGAGAUCGUCAAGAUGCCAGCGCGCAUGGAGCUUGCGUCGCAAGCCGAUGAGCUCAUUUCCAUCAUCUCCAAAGCCCACGUGAGCCAGCGCCGCCACACGGUUCGGGCCAUCAAGGUCGCUGAGAGCAAAGACGCGGUGAGCGCCGAGGACGCAGCGAAAGCCGAGCUCAUCUUCAAGUACCGCUGCCUCGUCGGCCGGGACGUUGACUUUGUGCAAAUGCUGCCGGGGUAUGCCAACAACGCGCUCAACGCCAAGAUGCUGGCGCUCGGCCAGCGCUACCACGCCAACGACUAUGCUGCGUGCUUGGCCGAGUUCGAACAGUGCUGGGACAUGAACGCCGAGCAAAUCAACCGACCAACGCUCUUGUACGACCGCGCGAUCUUGCUCGGGCACGUCGGCGACUUUAAGCGGGCCAUGACCGAGCUCAACGAAGCCAUCAAAGUGGACAACGAAGACCCGCGCUACUUUAAGCUCCGCAGCAUUCUCUGGCGGCUCCAAGAAAAGUACAUCGAGGCCGCCAAAGACUCGUCGCGCGCCCACGCGAUCCAUUUGAGCAAAACCAAGCACCGGCAGCACCCGUCGCUGCUAAAAAAAGUGGCCAAAGCCGCGUCGGUCAGCGACCACGCCACGGCGCUCAACGCCUUUGACGAAGCGUGCGAGACGCCGAUUCAAGAGCGCACGUCGCGCCAGAUCCAAGCGCUCGUCGAGGAGUCACACCGCAUUCCAUUUCUCGCGCGCUUGGACGUCGACCUCUUGCGCGUGCUUUGGAAAAAUCUCACGUACGCCGCGUGGCCCGCCGACACGCGCGUGGUGCUCCCGAGCUCCACCAUCAGCUUGUACGUGGUGCUCGAAGGCGCGGUCGCCGUUCAAACCGACCUCCAUGGUGCGAUCGACGCCCAACGGACGCUCGAGCCCGGCACCAUCUUUUGCGAAGGGUCGAUCUCGGCCAACUUGUGGGCCGCCACGUCCCUCGUCGCCCUCACCGCGUCCAAAGUCUUGACGCUCGAGUCGGUCAUUUACAAGCACACGAUGCGCAACAUUAUGCUCGAGGGCGCGUCGACGCGGGCCCACUUCUUUCGAGACUCUGGCAUUUUCACCUCGUGGAGUGACGAGCAGCUCAACACGCUCGGGAUCCUUUCCGAGCAGCUCGAGUACGCUGCGCGCGAAACCAUUGUGCAUGAAGGCGCGCCGGCUCUGCACUUGUAUUUUGUCCGGUCGGGCUACUGCGGUGCGAUUCGGAUGCUCCAGCAGCACCCGAUCCAAGUCGGGUCCGUCUCGUCCGGCGAUGUCUUUGGCGAGGCGGCCGUGCUCGACCCGAUCGGCGGCAUUUUUCCCUUUACGAUCACGACGAUGACGGUCUGCAAGAUCAUUCGCAUCCAAAAGUCCUUUUUGAACCGACGGCUGCCGUUCGAGGUGCUUCGCCUUGGUCCCAUCGACGCGCCGAUCCUUGCCAAGAUUGAAAAGCUUUCGGUGCGGAGCCCCACUGACAAAGUUCUGGCGCAGAUGAUCCGGGACAACUGCUCGUGGACGCUGAAGCGCGAAAAGGUGCUGCAUCGGCUCGUCCAAGAAAACGCCAAAGGCACCGGCAAGCCCCUCCUCUUGCCGUCGGUCCAUCCGCGCUAAGUUGGCAACGAUACUGA